AUAACCUGCUCGCAGGCUGAGAGAUAUGUACAGUUUAACCACGAUUUUACUGAUGAAGAGGAACUCAGUGCAUGCGUGGCUAUCGAGCUAUUCGAACUGUGCUGCUUGUAAACUUAGUGAAUUUAGUGCAGAGUUGCCAACUACAAUCAUGAAGCCAAACUCGAUAUUGGUUUCCCUAGAUUAUUCUUGAAGUUGGAGCUUGGUUCACCUUAGUUGAGCAAAGGUUGACCUUACUGGCUACCGCGAACAAAAUCUGCUUCAUCUCUGUGUGUGGAAUUGACUCCCAUACUGAUUACUGCAAUUGGGUUGCUGUAGAACUCACUGAAGAGCAUGUGACAGUAUGAUUCAAGUCAGAUUCUGGCAAGCACUAUCAAGUUCAUCGCCUGUUUCAUCACCUUAUGAAACACCAUACACCAUGCUAGUUUUUCCUAGUAUUCACUGAGCUCCGCCUCCGGCCGCCGCCUCCUCCCCACCACCACCGCCGGCCAUGGCGGCGACGCCCGGCUUCCUCUCGUCCUUCAGGUACGGCGACGCCCUCACCGUCGUGGGGAUCUCCGUCUGCACGGCGCUGGUGUGCGAGGCCAUCUCGUGGGUCCUCAUCUACCGCACCGCCUCCUACAGGGCCCUCCGCUCCUCCAUCGACAAGGCCUCCAAGAAGCUCGAGUCCAUGAAGGCCACCACCGGCGCCUCCUCCGCCGCCGCCGCCUCCGCCUCCCUCCGGAAGCCCUCCAAGGCCAAGAAGAUGGACCGCGUCGAGUCCAGCCUCAAGGAGUCCUCCCGCGACCUCUCCCUCUUCAAGUUCAAGUCCGGCGCCGUCGUCGCCCUCGUCCUCGUCGUCGUCUUCGCCCUCCUCAACUCCCUCUUCGAGGGCAAGCCCGUCGCCAAGCUCCCCUUCACCCCCUUCGGCCUCGUCAUGAAGAUGAGCCACCGCGGCCUCCAGGGCACCGACGCCACCGACUGCUCCAUGGCCUUCCUCUACUUCCUCUGCUCGAUCAGCAUUCGCACGAAUCUGCAGAAGUUCCUUGGGUUCUCGCCGCCGCGGGGCGCCAGCGGCGGGCUCUUCCCGAUGCCGGAUCCCAAGACCAAUUGAUCGAUCGGCUCGGCAUCCGCCUCGGUAUUUCGCGCGGAACUGUUUGAUUCGAGGUCGUAGAAGUACUUUAUCUUGAUUGUUGUAAGUUAGAUUUAUGUGACACGAUGGGAUUCUUCGGUGAGAACAGAAAGUAGGCUGAUUGGGGUUUGGGAUUGCGCCAGAUCGCAAAAGUGCGAGACUUGAAUUGAUCAAUAUAAUUCGCGUAGCGACGAGUUCCUCGUUUUGUUGAAUUAAUGUUUUGCUCUUACGAAUUUCAUGUGUGACGAUGAAUAAAGUAACGAUUUUUUCGGGGCUU